AUGAUAAAUGGAAGUUUUGAUGAUGUGAAAUCGAAUUUCGAUAGAUGGGUCAUUGAAUUGGGCAAAUCCUUCAGUGAACUACACACGAUAACUGGUGAACCAUAUUUAAAGUCUAUUUAUAAAACUACCAAUUUUGGUGCACAAGAAAUUAAUGAAACAAUUGCAACUACAUAUCUUGAUACAGCCAUUAAAAAACUUGAAAAUAUUGUUAAUGAAAAGACGAAAUUAGUUGAAAAUAUCAAAGUUGCAGCUGAAGAAGCCUUUGUGAAAAGAGCUGAAAAUGAACCAAUUGGGUGUUAUUACAGAGCCAAAGCAUUGACCAUUGUUCCUCCAUUGAAUGAAACCGAUAAUUGUAGUAUAAAAUUUUAUAUACCAUUAAAACAAAGCCCUCAUUAUGAUAAUCAAUAUGUGUGUUACAAUUUUUCAGUUGCACAUGUUCCAACUAAUGUAUAUGAUCUGUCAGAUAAACUAAAACGAAUUGGUAAUUGGACUACUGAACUGGAUAAAGUAUUCAAGUUAAACGCUGAAUCUGAUCCAACUUUAAAAUGGCAAUACUUUGGGAGUUCAACAGGUUUUUUCAGAUAUUAUCCAGGUGCUAUGUGGGAUAUUCAGUUAGAUGAAUAUCGUUUAGAUUUUUUUGAUUGCCGUUCUCAACCUUGGUAUUUACAAGCAUCUGCUUAUCCAAAAGAGAUGAUAAUUUUAAUUGAUAAAAGUGGUAGUAUGAAAGGAAGAAGUGAUAUCAUAUCGAAUGCUACAGCGGCUGAGAUACUUAAUACAUUAACAGAAAACGAUUAUUUUAAUGUGAUGAUGUUUUCUGAUAGUACAAUGUACGCUGAUCCAUUGAUUACUGACAGAUUAAUUCAGGGUACCAAAUUCAAUAAAGAUAAAAUGAUCAAAACUUUUCGAAAAUUUAGUCCAAAUGGAACAGCUUCUUAUGAGAAUGCAAUAACAGAAGUUUUUAAACUGUUCAAUAAGACUGAUGAAAAUUUUCCUUCAAAUCACAAAUGUAAUCGAAUGAUCAUGAUUAUUACAGACAGUGCUCCAGGUUCAUAUGAACAUCUAUUCAAAGAGUUUAAUCCACAGAAAAACGUACGUGUAUUCACUUAUCUACUUGGUCAGCAUUCAUCAGCUGAAGAAUAUGUCCAGGAGCUUGCAUGUCUUAAUCGAGGUUAUGCUGUUAAUAUUGCCACAUUAGCCGAUGUAAAGGAAAAUGUUUUGAAAUAUUUGGAUAUUAUUGCACGAUCCAAUGCCUUACAAGAUGACGCUUACUUUACAUGGACUGGAGUUACUGUUCGUCAGUUUAAUUUAAAAAAACUAAAACCGGAGAAUUUCUCAAAUCCUUAUAUCAUGAAUAUACCCAAUCGUUCAUUCAUGAAUGGAUUUAUGCAAAAUAUGCUCAUGGAGCCAGAUCCUGUCAGAAUUGAUACUAUGAUUGCAUCAAAAGAAGAAUUACCUAAAAUGUAUACAUCAGUAGCAAAAGCUGUUUAUGAUAAAACAAAUAAAGCUAAAAGGUUAAAGGAAGGAAAUCUUCUUGGAGUUGCUGGAGUUGAUAUACCAUUACAAUCUUUUCAGGAUACACUACGUGGAUGGAAAAUUGGUGCCAACAAUUAUUUGUUUGCUGUGGAUAAUAAUGGGUUUGUUUUAUUUCAUCCAGAUUAUCGACCCGUUUAUAAAGCUCUUUUGAAAAGUUACUACCAGAAUGUUGAUAUCAAUGAAGUGGAAGUAAUGAAAAAUGUUAAAAUUGAUCCAUGGUCUGGUACGCCGGAUUAUAAUACAACUUUAAGAAAUGCAAUGAUCAAUAGAGAGAAAACAUCAUUAGACAUGGAUACCAAUAUAGUGGUUGACAAUUAUCAUACCAUGUUUGAAGCCAAUAAGAAAUACUUCAUAGCGCCAAUAGAUCAAACUCCAUUCACUUUGGGUUUGGCAAUUCAUUGGGAUUCAACUACUCAAAAAGGUUAUCCUAUUCCACAAUAUCGAUUUAAUCCAAAAGAACUAUUUAAUAAUUUACAUGUAAAUGAUUUCAGUUGUUUUGCUCCAAAAUAUGGUGAUCAACAAGUUAAUUGUGAUUCGUAUAACAAUAACAGUCAGAUUGGUGCAACAAUAAUUCCAUAUGAAUUUUGUCAAUUCAACAAAGAUUUGGCAUCACUUUAUUUAAAUGAUCGUCUAUGUGCACUUAGACAGGUACUACUGAACUUAUCAAUGAUCAGUAAAUUAAAAUGUGAUGAAGAAUAUCUUGGUCGAAUAUAUCUAGAUGCAAAAGAAACUCGUGAUCUACCAGCCUAUUGGUACAAACAAUCUAAAAGCUCUUCAAUUACUAAAUGGAAGAUUCAACAAGCGUUUUCAUUCCAUCAUAGUGGUUUGAUUCGCUUUUAUAAUUUCACAGUCCCUGCUUAUCCAAAUUUCAUAACAGAUCAUAUUGGUGGAGUGGAAGAUUCAUUAUAUUCGGCAACUAUUCUAACUAACCGAUAUUUAUCUGAAGAUAAUGCUCUUGUUUUUCAUACACCACCAAAUGAUUUAUUUCGUCAUUUUUCUAGUGAAAAACUAGAUGUACCUAUUACUUUAACAACAACAAUAUUCCAUGAACCAAGUAAAACACCAAUGGGUAUAGUUGGAUUACAAAUCACACAUACAGAAAUACAAAAUGAAUUUAAUCGUAUUACAAAUACAUGUUUUACGGGUAAAUGUCAUGUUUGUGGAGAUCCUGGUUUCGAUUGUUAUAUUAUUAAUCAAGCUGCAAUGGUUUUGGCAUCAAAUGUAGGCGAGAAAGAGGUGGGACAAAGUCUAAAAGAAAUUAACUGUGCACUUGUUGAAGAUUUGGUCAAACAUUCUAUAUUGAAUGAGGUAUAUUUAUACGAUUUCCAAGGAAUUUGCAUUGAAACAGUACAAGAAACUCCUAAUUUCGGAAAUCAUUUAUACCCACCAUUUCGAAUUGUAUGGAAAAUGAUUAUAUGGUUCGUAAAUGAAAUAGCUUUAUUUAUGUUUGGUUUUGUUGAAGAUCUCUUGUCGUAUAGGAUCACAUUUGGUCAAAAAUGGGGUUUAUAUUCAGAAACAGAAGAUUUAUUAGAUAAAAAUCAUAAAGAAACAUUACCAUCCUAUCAAAAUAGAGAAAAUAAUUUACCGCCUGAAGAUUUUAUGAUUCGUCAAAAUCUAAUGUAUUAUAAUAUGGAUGAAAAAAAUAAAAAAAUCAAUAAUCAAUAUCAAGAUCUAACCGAUGAUGAAUACCCUUAUAAUCCUUUAUUAUUGAAUAAUGCAAUACAUUCAAGACCAUUAUCAAUACAAAGACAAGAAAAACAAUCUAUUGAAGAUCAUAAUACCCUAUCAAAAUAUCAUCAUGAAAAUAAAUCAAUAAUCAAUAAUUCAUCAUUAUAUAAUCAAUCAACUGAUAAUAUGAUUAUAGAAACUAUAUUAAUACCGGAAUUAAAAGAAGAAUCUAUUGAUGAAUUAUAUGGAAAAAUUGAUCAAGAUCCAUAUGAUACACAAUUGAAAGCAUUAACAGCCAUAGAAUUAUGUCGUAAAGAACAAACUAUACAAAUUCAAUCAAUAUUAGAUUUACAAUCAGAAAUUAAUGAUAUCAAUAAUCAUCCUAAUUAUAAUAAUACAGAUGAAAUGAUCAAUUAUACUGAAUCAACUAAUACAAAUUCAAUCCAUUUCAAUUCUGGUAUAGGUAUAGGUAAAGGUGGUAAAUUAAUACCAGGUAGUUUAUUAUCAUGUGUACAUCGUUCGGUACAACAACGUUGUCAUACAGGUGCUGGUACAAGUAGUUAUACUGGACGUUAUGCAUGUGAAGCAAUCUGUGAAAUUGUUAGAGAACGUAUGCCACAUUUAGCUAAUCGUUUAGAAGAUUGUAAACAACCAUUAACAUCAUGUACAGAAAGAUUUAUUACAUAUAAUGUUAUAUUACAGAAUUCUAAAACUAUUCAACAUGAUCAUAGUUCAUUGAAACCAAAUUAUAUGAAACCAUCAAUUGGUGGAAUAUUAAAUGAAAAUGAUUUAACAGGUGAAUAUUGUAAUGAAUGCGGUGGACGACGUUGGUGGAUUAAAAAAAUACCAAAAACCAAUUUAUUCUUAUUGAUCAAUGUAGCACAAUCAGGAUCACAAACAAUUUUAUGCAAAUGCAAUUGUCAAAAACGAUUUCGUUAUGGUGCACGUAUAGCAACAGAUCAAUCAAAACCAAGACCAGUAGCAUAUCGAAAACAUCCAUUAAUGCCAAAUAAAUGUCGUAUGGUCGAUGAUUCAAUGGAGAAUUCGACCAUUUGUACAGAUAGUGUGAGCAACCUUCAAUAUUAUUCACGAUUGAUAACAUCCCUAUUAUUACUCAUAGUUACUAUGCAAUUAUGUAUGUAG